AUCAAGGACAGCACACGGGGUGAGAAUGGCUCGGUUGCUCUUCCGGUAACCUGCCAGCCCCAUCUCCAGCCCCACACUCCAAUCUCUAACCCUAGCCGUCAGCCUGUGCCCGUCACUCUCCUCUCACCCUCUACAGUCUCCACCACGCCGCCACGUUCCGCCUUCUCCUUCUCCCCUCUUGCUCUCGACGACGGCGUCUCUCGGUCUCUCGCUCUCCAGUCUCCACAGCACAGUGCCGUUCCUGACUUCCUUCGACACUCUCUCGGUCUCUCGUCAUUCUCCUCUCUAGAAAGAGAAGCUCCGUCGUAGCACAGAACAGACGCUCUCGUGACAGCACAACAGGUCCGUCGUCGUGCAGAAGCGCCCAGCACCUCGUGGCCAUUCUCCUCUCUCCCCUUUCUCGAAGGUGCCGACGACCUUCACUCUGCCCAGCUUUGGUGUUCAAUUCUCUUCUUGCAAGAUGGUAGCUCUGGCCAUCUCAGUUCCUGCCAUUGCGAGCUUAUCUAUUGCUUCUCGCAACCUAAACUCAUCCAACCUCGUUUAUUCUCACAGAAACCCAUGGUCGAUAGCUUCUUCCUUGCCAAGUCCAUACGUGGACCCAACAAAAAUUGGUUUCUCAAGUAAAAGCCGUGGUCUUCCUUUAAAACUUGAUGAGAAAAUCGUCCAUGAUGCUACUACAAGUUAUGGUGCAAUAGAAGCUAAAAAGGGGAAUCCACCCAUAAUGCCAGCAGUCUUCACUCCAGGAGGACCUCUGGAUCUAUCAUCUGUGUUGUUCAGAAAUCGCAUAAUAUUCAUUGGACAGCCAGUUAACUCACAAGUGGCUCAGAGAGUUAUUUCGCAGCUUGUGACGCUAGCUACUAUUGAUCAGGAUGCAGACAUACUGGUAUAUUUAAACUGCCCUGGUGGAAGCACAUAUUCAGUGUUGGCAAUUUAUGAUUGCAUGUCUUGGAUCAAGCCCAAGGUUGGUACAGUAUGUUUUGGAGUAGCUGCAAGCCAAGGAGCGCUUCUCCUUGCUGGUGGAGAGAAAGGGAUGCGCUAUGCAAUGCCAAAUGCACGCAUUAUGAUACAUCAACCUCAGAGUGGAUGUGGCGGUCAUGUAGAAGAUGUGAGACGCCAAGUGAAUGAAGCUGUUCAAUCUCGCCAUAAAAUUGACAUGAUGUAUUCUGCUUUCACCGGUCAACCGUUAGAGAAGGUGCAACAGUACACUGAGAGGGACCGAUUUCUGUCUGUUUCUGAGGCUUUGGAGUUUGGUCUCAUAGAUGGUGUCCUGGAAACAGAGUAUUGAAUCUUACUGCGUUAUGAUUUAUCAUUUACGUCCCCGUCAUUAAGAAUUCUGAGGAGCCAGCCUCAAAUUCAUCUGGAUCUCCCACGCAACUGUUGCGUUCGACAUCAGUUGUUGUUUUUUUUUUUUGGCCAACACAUUAGUUGUUUUCAAUUUCUGCUGUUAUUGAAAAAUUCCUCAGAAGCCUAGUUGAACAUGUUAAAAUCUUGCCAAAUUAAUGUUGUAGAGUUUAAUUUAUUAAUGAUAGUCUUCCAAGUCUGAUAA